UACUACUCUACUACAACUACUACUACUCUACUAUUGCUGCUACUGCUCUUACUACUGCUAUUGCUCCUAUUACAACUACUACUACUACUGCUCAAUCAUCGCUCUCACAUGGCCGAAACCUACACAGACCUCCUCAACCAGCUCAACCGCGAAGUCAACCAGCAACAGCCAGAAGACGUCCUCCAAUUCUGCGCAGCCUUCUUCAACAGAAAGCUCGACGAGGAAAGGCGAUCGCUGCGUCAACCACACUUCCAGCAGCAGCAACAACAACAACAACAACAACAGCAACAUCGAGAGCACGAGCAGCAACAUUCACAACAACCACAACAACUGGCAACCAGAACCACACAAACCGCCAAUGGCUACCCAAUGAAUUACAAUGCCACACGCCGUACAUCCGUCUCGGCAGAGUCCAUGCUCCCGAGUGCAGACAACUCCUACCAAAAAAUCGUCAUCCCAAAGAGCUCCAGCCAGCUGCAACGCAUCGAUGCCGCCAUCUCAAAGAACCUCCUCUUCAAAAAUCUAGAUGAGGAACAGCUUCGCGAUGUCCUGGAUGCCAUGUCGGAGAAGAAACUCACAGCUGCCGGUAGCGUCAUCAUCAAGCAAGGCGAUGUAGGAGACUUUUUCUACGUGGUCGAGGCGGGUUCUUUCGACAUCUACGUCCGUGGUCAAGAGCAGCAGUCAGACGACUCCCAAGGACGCGGAUUCGGUACCAAAGUCGCCAGUGCUCAAGCCGGUGGCUCGUUUGGCGAACUGGCCCUCAUGUACAAUGCACCCCGUGCAGCGACCGUCGUCUCCAACACGCCCAACUGUGUGGUCUGGGCACUCGAUCGCAUGACCUUCAGGCGCAUCCUCAUGGAAAACACCUCCAGGAAGCGCAAGAUGUAUGAGAGUUUUCUCGAAACCGUCAACAUUCUACGAGCACUCGAGGUACCCGAGCGACAAAAAAUUGCAGAUUCACUCGAUACCUGCGUCUUUGACAAGGGUGCCGUCGUCAUUCGGCAAGGCGACGUCGGUGAGCAAUUCUUCAUGAUUGAAUCCGGAGAAGCCGAUGUCAUUCGUGAUGGCGAAGGCGUCAUUGCACGUCUAGGGAAGGGCGAUUACUUUGGAGAGACGGCACUCAUUACAGAUGCUCCUCGCAAUGCCACCAUUCAAGCUGCAACACGACUCAAGGUGGCUACCCUCGGCAAGCGCGCCUUUGUGCGUCUCUUGGGACCUGUCAUUGACAUUAUGAAACGUGAUGAGCGAACUCAGUAA